AUGGGUAUACAAGAGUGGACCGUUACAGAGGCAUACUAUCCCUCAAAAUGCAGCUUGGGUGAAGGUCCGUAUUAUACCAAAGAGCGAAAUGAGCUUCGAUACAUGGACAUCAACAAUAAAAAGCUCUUCAUCAUCGACCUCGCCAAAGGACCCGAGUCGGUCAAGAUCAUCGACACGUCGCAGCCGAUUGGAGUCACGGCGAAUAUCGAGGGUGUUGACCCCUCAGAAGUUAUCCUGGCCGGCGCAAAGGACGGUGUCACCAAGUUUAACCUGAAAACCGGGGAGCAUGAGUAUGUCGCCAAGUACUGGAAGGGAGCAGACGCGGAGGACAAGGCGAGGAGAAUGCGGUCGAACGAUGGCGCAGUCGACACCCAAGGACGGUUCUGGGUCGAAGCAUUCGUCGACCCGGAGAUAUCGCAAGUGACGGACGAAGGGUGCCUGUUCCGGCUCGACCACGACGGCACGCUGCACACGAUGCACGAGGGGAUGAAAAUUCCCAACGGCAUCACCUGGAACGCCGGCGACAGCACGAUGUUCCUGACGGACUCGCCACCGCAGAACGUGUACGCGUUCGACUACGACGCGCGCACGGGGGCCAUAUCCAACAAACGCAUCUUCUUCCACCUGGACGACGAGGGCGUGCACCCGGACGGCCACGCCAUGGACGUCGACGGCAACAUCUGGCACGCCUGCUACGGCGGCUCCAAGGUGAUCCGGAUCUCGCCCCAAGGCGCCGUCACCGGAAUCGUCCACCUCCCGACCCGGAACAUCACCUGCCCAACCUUUGCGGGCACUGCGCUGUUCAUCACCAGCGCCAAAGAGUCCCAGCCUGACAAAUACCCGGAUUCGGCCAAAUUCGCCGGAAAUUUGUUCAGGGUUGACGUCGGCGUCGAGGGCAUGCCCAAGUACAGGGCUCGCUUGGACUAA